CCUUUUUAAUUUUUUUACCAUCCAUAUUCCAUCCCAACUAUUUUAUGCAAUAAAAUAAUCCCAGAAAAGAAACACAUUUGUCACCGCGUCACGCGCUGUCAACAGCGAAUACGAUGCCAGCAACACAACCCUGUCGACCUUUCCCAGUCACCACUCCAAGCCUCUCUCUCUCUCUCUCUCUCUCUCACUCUAAUUCCACUCAACCGCACUUUCUUCAACUUUUCGCCUUUGAGGGUCUCAAUUAUCUCACGCGUACAGCUCUCUCCUACCCAUUCCCUGUGUCUCCAGAACUUGUCGCCUUCUUCUUCUUCAACCUUGUCAUCUCCCAGAUCUUUGUAUUUCGCGUCUUCCAGAAUCCUUCUUCUGGUUCUUCUUCUACUUAAAGGUUGGAUUUUUAACUCUUUCAGUGAUUCAGACAGGACUGAGAAACAAUGGAUUCUGGGCAGCGCCGGAAGAAGAAGCGUGUCAGUACUGGUGCUUUCUCGCUGACCCGCUUCUUCUCCUUGAGGUCACUUCUUCUCUGCUUCUCCUUCUUCGUCUUCCUCUUCUUAUCCUCCGAUCGCUUCUCUAUUUCUUCCUCACCGUUUCGCCCCGCCAUUAUUACCUCUCCCUUAUCGCUUUUGUCCUCUUCUGCAAGUCGUUCGGUUCUCGAUUUUUCUGACCCCAGAUUGCUCCCCUUGAGAGUUGAAGAUCGGAUUGUUUUCCCUGACCAUGUGGUUUUGAUGGUGAGCAACAAAUUUCUCCGGCAGAGUCCAGAAUUGGAGUGUAUAUACUACAAGCUCUUCUUCAACGGUUCGACCGGCGAAGUUAAUAACCAGCUCGCCGACGUUCUUACUCAGCCGGUGCUUUCCACGGACAACUACGAUGAAUUCAGAUCCAUCGUGAGGUGCCCAAUUCCCCAGACGAACUACUCAGCUGCCGCCGUCGAUUUGCGCCGGCGCGGGGAGAUUGGUCGUAGGAGUUGGGAUUCGCUGGUUAACCGGACUGCUCAGUCGUGGGACAAGGUGGUGUAUGAAGCGAUUUUGGAUGGUAAUACCACCGUUGUAUUUGUAAAAGGAUUAAAUCUUCGACCUCACAAGAUAUCGGAGCCAAACCGAUUCCUCUGCCACUUUGGGUUGAAGAAUUUGGGCAAAGAAAAUAACUUCUUGCUCACCACCAAAGCAGUUUCAGUUGCUCAGGAAGUGGUUAGGUGUUUGCUGCCACGGAGUAUCAGAAACAGCCCAGAAAAGGCUCAGGGAAUUCGGGUUACCGUCAGCCACUUGAGCGGCCAUAUAAGGCACCCGGUUCGCGAGCUCAUGCCAUCGGUGGCAAGAGUCCGCAGUUCAAGUCCUCGAGCUCAGAAGAGAAAAAGAAAGACAAAGAAGCAUGAGCUGUGUGCUUGCACUAUGGUGUGGAACCAAGCAUCUGCGCUCAGAGAAUGGAUUAUGUACCAUUCCUGGCUUGGAGUUGAACGAUGGUUCAUCUAUGACAACAACAGUGAUGAUGAUAUAGAGAAGGUUAGCCAGGAACUCGACCGUCAAGGGUAUAAUGUUAGCAGACAAACCUGGCCAUGGAUUAAGACUCAGGAAGCAGGCUUUUCUCACUGUGCUUUGAGAGCAAGAGAUGAGUGCAAGUGGGUUGGAUUCUUUGAUGUCGAUGAGUUCUUCUACUUCCCCAAUGAAUUUCAUCACCAGUUCGGGAAUGAUAUUCCUGGAGGGAACUCUCUGAAAUCAGUGGUGGCAAAUUUCUCAUCAUCAAAUAUUGCAGAAAUAAGAACAGCUUGUCAUAGCUUUGGUCCUUCUGGGUUGCGCUCACCGCCUAAACGAGGAGUGACUAUAGGAUACACAUGCAGGCUUCAGAGCCCUGAGAGACACAAAUCAAUAGUGAGGCCAGAUUUGCUUGACACUAGUCUUCUGAAUGUGGUGCACCAUUUUCAGCUGAGGAAUGGAUACACGUAUCAGAACAUGCCUGAAGGUACUGCUAUAAUAAACCACUACAAAUAUCAGGUGUGGGAGACCUUCAAAGCCAAGUUCUUCAGAAGGGUUGCUACCUAUGUGGUUGACUGGCAAGAAGACCAAAACAAGGGAUCAAAGGAUAGAGCACCAGGGCUAGGAACAGAGGCCAUUGAACCACCAAACUGGCGGCGGCAAUUUUGUGAGGUUUGGGAUACUGGCUUGAAGGAUUUCCUUCUGUCUUAUUUUGCCGAUCCUGCAACAGGGGUUCUACCUUGGGAAAGGUCAUUCAUAUAAAGUAAGGGGACACUAAUCUAUCAGGGUCGUCGGGUACCCUUGUAAAGCACAAUAAUCAUAGCAACAGGCAUUCAUUCUUUUCAUUGUUUUUGGGGCGGAUUUUAGGCAACAGAAAUUUUGUUUCUUUCCUUUCUUUCACUUGAUUAAUGACUUCUAUAAACAUGAAACAUACUUCACAGUUCUCACACAGUUGUAUAUUAGCAGCAAUAUGAAUGGAUUCCUUUUUCCCUCUUCA